ACAAGUUUUAAUCUGUACGUUGAAACAUGAGAAAUAAACGAUAUGUUCGGAGCGACGUGUUUCAAUCUUCCUCGUUUCAGAAUAUCAUGUCGUUGGCUGAGAAACUUGCAAACCUUGUCAACCCUGAACCUAUUUUCCAGGAUCCAGAGAUAGAGCAGGAUCAAACUGCUGCUAAGGUUGCAGAUUUUGAACCCGAGUUGGAGGAUUCUGAAUAUCUCUCUGGAGUUGGAGGAUCAGAACGGAGUAAGCUUCGGAUCAAGAACGCGGAUCUAGAUGAGGACUCCAGGUAUGCCGGGAAGAAGAUCAGUAGAUCUAGGAUUGCUAAACAGAGAGGAGAAGAAGUUGAAGAUACAGCUGUAGAUCUGCGUGAACAGGCGGCAGCAGAGCUUGGACAUAUGUUUGAGGGAGCUGAUGAAGAGGAUGAGUCAGAGGAGGAGGAAGGGGACGAAGAUGAGGAAGAAGGAGACGAAGAUGAGGAAGAAGGAGACGAUGAUGAAGGUUGGGAGGUUGAAGAUGGAGGAAAGGAAGAGAAUAACAAGAAUGGUUUUGUAUUUGACAAAGAAACAGAUUUUUCCCAGUAUGGAGAUCUGGAAGAAGAAGAGGAUAGUGAAGGAAGUGAGCAGGAGGGGGAAAAGGAAGCAGAAGUAGAUUCAGACCAAGAAGAUGACGAGGAAGCAGAUAGUGAAGUAGAAGAUGAAGAAAAUUUGUUGAGAAAAAAUGGUUUAUCCGAAGAAGUAGAGAAGGGUAAAGCUGUUCAGCACCAGCUCAAGGUUUGGGAUAAACUGCUGGAAACCAGGAUUCAGCAGCAAAAGCUACUCACAAGGAUAAACCGUCUUCCUGUAGAUCCUUACUGGAGUCAACUCUGCUCCGAGGGAGACGGAGAGUUUAAAACUCAAGUCACUGAAACUCAAAAAUCUCUUAAACUUCUUCUUAACGAAUUGUUUGAAUUGGAGGCUGUCCUUGUAAACUCUGAGGCUGAAGAACCUCCGAGAAAAAAGAAGAAAUUGACCGAGUUCAGCGAUACCUUAAUUCAAAACCAUCAAGAAUAUAAGCCGGAGAGAAAUGAAAUAAUACAGAAAUGGAGUGACAAAACAAGAAUAGCGUCCGGAAAAAAUUCUUUCUCGUCAAUGGAAACCUCCACUGUCCUCCAGAUAGAUCAGAUCCUCGCCAAUCCGGCGAGGUUGAUUGCUAGAACUAAAUUGAAACGAACCAACUACCAGACAAUAGGACGAUCAGGAGAGAUGGCCGAGAAUGAGAUGAAUGAGACGGAUCCUGAUAUAUUUGACGACGAUGAUUUCUACCAUCAACUUCUCAGAGAUCUGAUCGAUAGGAAAACUAACAGCUCUUCUGAUCAGUCUCAGUUGACUAGACAGUGGCUUGAAGUACAGAAGCUUAGAACAAAGUUAAAGAAGAAAGUGGACACUAAAGCAUCCAAAGGAAGAAAGGUUAGAUAUGAUAUCCAUGCCAAGCUGGUGAACUUCAUGGCUCCGAUGUUUGAAAGGAUGGAGCGGGAGGAAACAAAGAACGAACUAUUCUCUUCUCUGUUUGGAAAGCGGAAAUAAAAUAAAUUUUUAAUAUUUUCAGAAAAA